GGGAGGCGGGUGACAGUCAACUUUUUCACGAUCAAAUGUGGCGCCGGUGGUGAUCGAAUGAUUAAAUUUUUACGUUGCCGGAGUUGCGUUUACUCUCUUCUUCUCAAUUCCAUCGUAUUAUUUCUCAAAUGUAUUUGACAAAAAUAACGUCGAAAUUGUCCUCCAAGUGUCAAAAAUAACGUUCCCAUGUUCUAACCUCGUGCGUCACUACAAAUUUGUUGGCUAGCCAAAAAAAACUUCUCAUCAUUCGCCAAAUUUCAUCCAACAAAAGUUUGAGAGGUUAGAGGAAAAGAGUACAAUAAAGAGAAAAAAAAGUCGAAAAGAAAAAGAGAAAAAAAUACGUUGAUCAAGAAGAACGGUAACGCGCGCGCGCCGGUCGCAGCACACGUCGUCGAACAAAACCUAAGUAUUUUGACCGAAUAGAAAAUCAACGACUAGCUUAAUUGUGAACACAGGUUUAAGAAAAUUUCACAAUUCGCACGAUGACAUUGUACUGCUGACCGUUUGUGAAAAGGGUGUCGGUGUUUCUCAAUCGGAGCCAUGGCAAAUAUUGCGGCUCAGCGUAUCAAACGCGAAUUCAAAGAGGUUCUUAAGAGCGAAGAGGUUGCCAAAUGCGCCAUCAGGGUUGAGUUAGUUAACGACAGCUUUACUGAAUUAAGAGGAGAAAUUGCUGGACCUCCUGAUACACCGUACGAAAAUGGCAUCUUUGUUCUGGAAAUCAAAGUCCCUGAAACUUAUCCCUUCAAUCCACCAAAAGUCCGUUUCAUAACGAAAAUAUGGCACCCAAACAUAUCGUCAGUAACGGGGGCGAUUUGUCUGGACAUAUUGAAGGACCAAUGGGCAGCAGCGAUGACGCUACGCACGGUAUUAUUAUCAUUGCAAGCCCUGCUUUCGGCAGCGGAGCCGGAUGAUCCUCAGGAUGCUGUAGUUGCUAAACAAUAUAAGGAAAAUCCAGAGAUGUUCAGACAAACAGCUAAACACUGGACAAGCGUGUACGCUGGAGGUAGGCCUGAAGAAAAGAUAGAACUGCACGAAAAAAUAAGACGACUAACGGAUAUGGGAGUCGAAGAGCACAACGCGAGAGUCGCGUUAUCCUCUUACAAUUGGGAUUUGGAAAGAGCUACGGAACAACUCUUCAGUUAGUGAUUAUUCUCCGAAUUACCUCACACACCGCUCACACGAGUUUUUUUUUCGCCCUUCCACCCUCUGCUAUCCAUUUCCAUCGCAAUCAAUAGCUGGUUGAAUUGAACACCAAAAAAUAUGAAAUGAAGCAUCAAUCCAUGGAUACAGAGGGCAACGACUCACAAUUCUGCUAAGGCUUUGUUAUGGGAUACUUUCGAUAUAUUUAGCGACUCAUGGAAUUCUCAUGGUUGAACACAAUUUCUACUCCUGCGUAUAUUUUUUGAUUUUUUUUGCUCGUUCCCUCCCUCGUCAAUAGACUAAUUAACAUGGACAUUUCGUAAUGAACGUUGCGAAUUAAAUUGCUGUGGGAUACAAACAAAGUCUUUUGAUUGAACGACAUUCGCCACAAUCUCUGCCUUUGCUAUUUCUUUCUCUUGUAUUUCGACGCCCAAAGUACUUCCCACACGAACAUGCUAUUGCGAAAAAUUAUAUAUCUCUGUUCUCAAAGUCUAUAUUGGCUCCAUCUGUCCUUAGUGUACAUUAUCUAACAAGAGAGAAAAAAAAACGAAGGAGAAAGGAAGCAAACAGAUAGUCGAGUAAUUAUUUUAGCGUUAGUUUACAUUUGUAAAAAGAAGAAUCGUACACCUUAAAGUUAUACUGUUAAUAUUUAAAUUUUGUACAUUUUUUGCGGUGUUGGGUUUUUUGAGAGUAAAAAAAUGAACGUCCGGACCGAAAGUCCCGCCUUGGAGCGCGAGCUUUUGUCCAAUGUUGUUGAUUAAUAUUGCCAUAUUUCAAGUAGGAGUCUCGGUACGAUUUGCAUUUGAAAAAUAGUCGCGCUUUUUUGCUUUGAAUUACGAGUAGAUUAUUGACAAAAUAUUCACUAAUAUCAUGGAUGGACUGAAAAAUUGAAUCGUUCAUUUUCAAGUAACGGAUUUUCUAGCUGUCAUUUUUUCACAUGAAUCCCCGAAAUAAUGAUUCUAAUACAGCAACAAUCGAACAGAAUUGAAACCAAAUGUUUCACGAGUCAGCAGCUUUUGGAGAUAAAAUUAUUCGUUAUCGAGACUCCUAUUUCAACGCGAAUAUCCACUGUAAUUGCGGUAUGAACGAUAAUAUACACGAACACAACUAUACAAUACUAAAACGAAAAUGUGGAGUGUACGACGCGAGAGGGGUUUACAUUCCAGCCUCAGGAAUAUUUCGACGUGAGAAUAAGGGAAGCGCAAUUGCAUUUAACGAGAAUUUUCAGUGUGUUCCGCGGGUCGAUGUCAAAUCUUCAUUUUUAAAUUUCCGAUUUGUUGUAAUUCUAGAAAGUUUCACAUUUACACACAAACUUUUGAAAAGCAUAUUUACGUUGCUGCAUCAUAGGCAGACGAAAAAGCAAAGGUCUCGAUUUUUUUUUAUAGAUGAAUUCUAAUUGGAUGAUUUUUACGAAUUUUUUUUUCAUUAUUUUUACGCAGUCUGUACUCAGAGAUGUAUUAUUUCGAUCGAAGCGUGUUUUUAUGUACGUUUUUUGUUUGUGCAAAUGAAAGCGUCAACAAACGUUGAUAAAUUUUCAAGAAUAAAUUACUUUUCGGAGGGAAUCGCAUCUCUAAAUAAUUGUCGAAUCGAUAUCUCAGCGCCUAGAAUCAGGCGCGUGGUUAAACGAUGAAAUCAACGAACCCUCAUCCAUCCCGCCAACCGAAUUCAGAGCGAUAUGAGAGCAAGACAAGUAAUAUGAACAAAAAUACACUCACACGUAAAAUCACACAUACAGAAAUGUGCGUUUGAAAGGUUCGAUCGUUGUAAAUCAAUAUUUCGAAUGAAAAGCAAAACGAAUAUUAAUAAACAAUUAUUUGUAAAAGCCUGAAUUUAUGGAUAAUCCCCACAGUAAAAGAAAUAAACUUGAAAAUUAGUUGAAA